GGCCACAUCCUGUUCCCACAGGGGCAAGGGGAAAGGGGGGGGAGGGAGGCUGAGAAGGUGCGCGGCCAGGGGUGGGGAGAGCCAGGACAGCGCAGGGAAGGAAGAUGGAGGGAGGUACACGGGAAAACAGCUUUCUCCUCCCUGGAGUUGGGAGCGAUGAAUCCACAGGCCUUUUUUUCCACUGAAAUAUGAGCGUUUCAAGGGUGAGCGCUGCCCUCCCCGCCGCCGCGAGCGCCCGCGGUGUGUGUGCGCCCGUGCGCGCGCCUCCGCCUGUGUGUGCUCCUGUCGCUGUCAUCACAGAUGUGCCCCCAGCUGUCACUCCAUUGCUUCAGCUCCGCGCUCGCGCCUGCUCCCUCCUCCUCUCCCCUCGCUUUCCCUCUCUGUCUGUCUGCCUCGGUCCCUCCCUCUUCCUCUCGCAGUUUGUUAUUGACCCGGCAGCCCCGUCCCCUCGGCGGCGGCGGCGGCGGCGGCGGCGGCAUUCCUUCUCCCCGGGCUGUGAGCUGCGUGCCAGGUCCCCGCUCGCGGCGGCGGACUGCAGGCUCGGUGCCCACUGCGCUCCACUUGGCUGUGUGUCUGGCUUCCUCCAGGAAUCCCAGGAGGGUUUGUGGAACGGCUCACAGCUACUUGAUUCAAGGCGCCUGAGGUCAGGGUGGAGAAAGCUGCCGCCCCAGCAUGAACCCCUGAGCCGCUGAGUCUUAUUAUAGCCGGCGAGAAAGACACACACUGCGACUCACCUCCCAGGCGACAGUGGAGGGGAAGCAGGCCCCCCAGCAGCAGGAGGGGGACCUGGGCCGCACACCGGACGCAGCGGCGGGCUGUGGAGGGCCUGCUCUCUGCCUCCUCGGGGCCAUGGACUGACAGGGAGUGCCUACGAGGGCUCCUCCGUCCGGGCGGUGCAGGGCUGCGAGAGCUGCUGCCUCACCAUGCUGGCCCCCGGCGGCGGCCCCGAGCAGAGGACCAGGCUGGCCCUGCCGUGGAGGCAGGUCUCCUGGAUCACCUGCUGGAUCGCCCUGUCUGCUGUGGAGGCCCUCCCCGUCUGCCCUUUCCUCUGUAAGUGUGACUCUGGCCGCCUGGAGGUGGAUUGCAGUGGCCUAGGCCUCACCACGGUGCCCCCAGACUUGCCUGCUGCCACCCGAACUCUCUUGCUCUUGAACAAUAAGCUGAGUGCCCUACCAAGCUGGGCAUUCGCCAAUCUGUCCAGCCUGCAGCGGCUGGACCUCUCCAACAACUUCCUGGACCAGCUGCCCCGCUCCAUUUUCGAGGACCUGACCAAUCUGACUGAGCUGCAGCUGCGCAACAACAGCAUCAGGACCCUGGACAGGGACCUGCUGCAGCACUCACCCCUGCUCCGCCACCUGGACCUGUCCAUCAACGGCCUGGCCCAGCUGCCCCCGGGCCUUUUCGACGGACUCCCUGCUCUGCGCUCCCUGUCGCUUCGCUCCAACCGCCUGCAGAACCUGGACAGGCUGACGUUUGAACCCCUCGCGAGUCUGCAGCUAUUGCAGGUGGGGGACAACCCCUGGGAGUGUGACUGUAACUUGCGUGAUUUCAAGCACUGGAUGGAGUGGUUCUCUUACCGAGGGGGGCGCCUGGACCAACUUGCCUGCACCCUCCCCAAGGAGCUGAGAGGGAAGGACAUGCGCGUGGUCCCCAUGGAGAUGUUCAACUACUGCUCCCAGCUGGAGGGCGAGAACAGCUCAGCCGGGCUGGACAGUCCCGGACCACCCUGCACCAAGGCCAGCCCAGAGCCUGCGAAGCCCAAACCGGGGGCCGAGCCUGAGCCGGAGUCCAGUACAGCCUGCCCCCAGAAGCAGAGGUACCGGCCCGUGAGCGUGCGCCGGGCCAUCGGCACCGUGAUCAUCGCCGGGGUCGUCUGCGGCAUCGUCUGCAUCAUGAUGGUGGUGGCUGCUGCCUACGGCUGCAUCUAUGCCUCCCUCAUGGCCAAGUACCACCGGGAGCUCAAGAAGCGCCAACCGCUCAUGGGGGACCCGGAGGGGGAGCAUGAAGACCAGAAGCAGAUCUCCUCGGUGGCCUGAGAACCUGGCCACACCUGGCCCAGGUAGGAAGGGCAAGGAGAGUGCAUGGAGGCUGCUUCCAGAAGAGCUGGCCCUUCUUUCUGCCACAGUCCCGGGCUCCUCUCCCACCGCUCCCCGCCGCGCCCCCCCCCCCCAGCCCAGCCCUCCAGCAAACCAGCCACAGCGGGACCUCCAGUCUCCGGGGAAGCUGCCAUCAUGCUGAGGCUCCAGUGGAUGCUCCUUCCUGGGCCCCCAGCUCUUUGGGUCCCCCUGAGCCUCUGGUCACAGAGAAGGAAGACUAUGUGUGCAAGUGGAGCCUCUGGGCUGAAUACUCCCUUGCCCUUCCUGCCCGAGUGUGGUCCACCGCUAGGUGACUCUCAGACCUCCUGCUCAACCUCUCUCACCUGCGUCUAGGGGCUGGGGACGAAGUUAUAUGAGGGCAAGGGAUUCAUUUCUGAGACUCUCUUUUAAGCCAGGAAGAUAUUCUUAACCACCCUUCAGUGUGAAAGUUGGGUCCAGCUUUCAAAAGCUGGUACUCACGUGCAAGCCCACCAGCCCUGUCACCGGGAUCUAGCGCCUAGAAACACAGCGAGGGUCGCUGUGACUGUAACACACUCCCGCGGCUGCAGCCGUCAUGCCCCUAUAUCUGCUAGAGACCACGCCGACCACCUUGCUCCUGGAUUCACUAAUUUACUCUGACACUAACUCAUAGCAUCACCAGCGAAAUCACAUCAACUGACAAAAAUCCCACACACGUGCACACACAGUCACAUGGAGGCAGAGGUCAGGAGAACUCGGGGAGCGGAGCAUGCUUCCCCUUGGGUGUCCAGCCCUCAGCACCGAAACUUCUGCUUGCUCAUCGCCAUCUUCUCAAGUCAACACGAGGGAAACCCAAACUGACAGCACAGGAUGCCUUUGAGAUCCUCUAAAGUGGGCCAAGUGGAUGAGCCUGCCUGUCACCAUGGUAACCCUCUCACCUGUCCUGCUGGGUUUUCCAGGGAACCAGCCCAGAGGCCUUGAGGCUGCAGAGCCUGUGGAUGGCAGCCUCCUGAGAGCCCAGGGGGCCAAAGUGCAUCAUCACUGCCAGCCCCGUGGGGACACCCACCGAUCCCCCUCCUGCAGCCCGCAGCCCGAGAGCCAUUGCUCCGCACCUCUCCCCUCCUUCCGCACCUCUGGGCCUGACCUCGGGUGGGGACUGGCCACAUCUUGGGAAAGCAGGUGCCCCCGUGAAGCUCACACAGAGAGACUGCGGCACUCUGCUCAGGGCUCCCGUGAUGGGCUUCCUCUCCCACGGUUUGGUCCGCUCAGGCUGGCUCCCAAGAGUUCUCCUUUGCACCUGGACGGGCUCCAAACCAGAACAAGGGCAGGGUCCUGUUUGUUCCUUGCUUGAAUCUACACCACAUGGACGGAGAUACCUGCUGGCAGAGUUGUGGGAAUGGCAGUGAGAAGGGGGCUGUGCAGGGUUUGAGGGUCGCUCAAGGCGGCCCAGGUAGAGGUUGCUAGAACAUGAGGCCCAGGGUCUGAGGAAGGACAGGGAAGCACAGAGCAGGCCCAGAUCAACUUGCACCUCUCACCCCCUGUAUCUCAUAGAAGAGCAUAGUAGGGGCGAGGGCUUGGAGGAGAGGCAAACUUGCCUUUGAAAGGGCCAUUCUCCAGGAAAGGGGUUGCCGAGGGUGCCCCAGCAAGGCUUCUAAGUGCCCUCCCUUGUGUGGGGCACAGUCUUCCUUCUUUUGGUUUGCCAGCUGAAACCAGAUGUAGGUGGAAGGGUGGACAUUGUCAAUGGUGGUAUCUUCACUUUGAGACAGAGAUUUUUAAAGGCAAAAUUAUAUUUCUGGUUGGUUGUUUCAGAAGACCAAUAAAGACUGUAUUUUCCUA